AUGAGUGAGCGAAGGGAAGGAGUGGGUGCUGCUGUUCUUGAUAAUCUGCUCUAUGCUGUUGGUGGCCGUGAUGGGUGGACCUAUUUGAAUAGUGUUGAAAGGUACCACAGUUUUCCUUUCUCUUAUUUUCGAGUUUUGUUCUUGUAUUUUCGAGUUUCUUCGUCUUAUUCUCGAGUUUCCUCACGGACAGUGAGCUCGAAACAUGCCUCUUAUACUUAA